GGAAAAUGGAAAAUGGAAAAUGUAAAGACAGAGUAACGAGAAACUACAGCUCGAGCUAGAGUGAAGAAGUCAAACGGAGCCUCGCCGAAGUUAUCCGGCUGUCAGAUCUGACGAUUCUCCAAGUUAUUAAUCCAGAUUCAAAGAAAACCCAUUUGUUCAUUUCUGGAACCCGAAUCUCUUUUGGUGCGGAUCGGCGAGAGUUGGAGCAGCAGCCAUGGAUGCUUUGAGGAGGCAAGCCAGCAAGCUCAAAGAACAAGUUGCCAAGCAACAGCAUGCUGUAAUCAAGCAAUUCGGUGGAACUGGUUAUGAGAGCUCAGAUGUUGUGGUUAUUGAUGAGAUUGAGAUGCAAAGACAUCAACAGCUGGAAAAAUUGUACAGAUCCACUCGUGGAGGAAGGGAUUUUCAGAGAGACGUUGUCAAAGCAGCAGAAGGGUUUGCUGCCAUAGGGUAUAAGCAUAUUGAAACGGGAACCAAGUUCUCUGAGGACUGCUGCAGAUAUGGAACUGAAAACAGGGAAAAUAUCAACGAGAACAUUCUUGCCAAGGCUGCUGCCAUAUAUGGUGAUGCUCGUAAACAUGUAGAAAAAGAGCAAGAAGAUUUUAAUAAGGUGUUAUCAACACAGGUUAUGGAUCCAUUGAGAGCAAUGAUCACUGGUGCUCCCCUGGAAGAUGCUCGUCAUCUUGCGCAGCGUUAUAGUCGCAUGAGACAGGAAGCAGAGACCCAGGCAGCAGAGGUUUCCAGAAGACAAGCACGAGUAAGAGAAGUUCCGAUUCCUGAAAAUGUUGCAAAGGUACAAGCAGCGGAAGUGAAGAUGCAGGAACUGAAAGCAAAUAUGGCAGUUCUUGGUAAAGAAGCUUCUGCUGCAUUGGCUGCCGUUGAAGCACAGCAACAAAGAUUGACAUUUCAAAGGCUCAUAGCAAUGGUUGAAGGGGAAAAGACUUAUCAUUUGAGUGUGGCUGCAAUUCUUGGCGAGGUCGAAGCUGAGAUGGUAUCAGAGAAACAGCAUAAAGAAUCUGCUCCUCCUGUAAUGACAUCAGAGAAUGGCUCAGAGAAAACAAUGUAUCACUUGGCUGAAGUAAUGCAUCCUUUUGUUGCUGACUCCGAGAAGGAACUAAGCUUGUCAGUGGGGGACUUUGUUGUUGUGCGAAAGGUAAGCCCAUCAGGAUGGUCUGAAGGAGAAUGCAAAGGUAAAGCAGGCUGGUUUCCCUCAGCUUAUGUGGAGAAGCGCCAGAGGAUUCCCACAGCUGAUGAAAUUUACUGAAAAUUCAAACCCCCCCCCCAAAGAACACGAAAACAGCAUAUCAUGUUGCUAUCAAUCUCUAUUUUCAGCUGUUUUCCCUGUUCUCAUGUCUGUAAUAUGUUGAAUUAUGAAAAUUUCAUUCAUGCUUUUGCAGUUUGUAUUCGUUUAUCGAUUUUCAAUGACAGCAAUAUGGUUUUGCAUUAAUUAAUACUUCUUUUGAACUCUUUUUCUUGGGUUUUUUUUCCGUCCUUUUCUUGCGUUUUUCCAGUUCAUUAUGUUCUGUUUUUCUAAAAAGUGGAGCAAUUACAGUGUCUGAAACGCAAAUUUCUCUACUGCAUUGAGACUCGUGCAGUUUGUUUCUUUCUCUCUCUGCUAAUAUACCCAGAAAGAACCUUACUUUCCUCAAACCCUUGGAAUAUAUAUAGGCAAAUUGCGUUUUUCUUCCUGUGGCUUUUUAAACCUUGAUAUUUCCAUUCUCUCUACAAAUUUAGGCUUAAGAUGUUUGCUGCUACUCGGAUUCGAGCUCUCACUGGCCGUGGUGUUCCUCUGAUGGUAGUGCAUUUCCCUGAGAGCUUGUUUUUGCCUAUGAGGUCCAGAGACAAUAGUCCCGCAGCUGAUGCCUGCUGUAAGGAUUUUACUCUAUUCUGCCAUUAGACAUGAAAUGAAAAGCCUGCCUCUUUAAGGUAUUGUUGGAAUUUAUGGAUUGAUAUACUCCAAGUUUGGAAUAGGGAAUGAAGCCAUUGGUCCGUGUAGCAUAGGAUAAAUGUAUUUAUAUGAAUAUUUACUGUAAAUUGUCAGUCUGAUGAAAUUAUUUAGAUUGUUAGAACUAUGUUUGAACUUCAAAUUUUUCUCUUCCAAUUUUAAUGCCAUUCAAUAUUAAAAUGUGAUCUCUUUG